UGAAAGUAGUGUAGUACAAUAUACUACAGCAUAUGGUACAAACAACAUUUUCAAAAACCUCACUAAAACUCUGUUGUUUGCGAACCCUAACAUCAGAUCAGUGCAAAGCUAUUGUGCUUCAUCUGCAAUGGCCUCUCGCUGUCGUACACUCUCAAGACCAGCAAUUAACCUUUUCAAAUCCACAAUGAACAAACAAUCAAGCAGUAGCAUACCCACUUCCUCUUUUAACCUCCCUCGCCCAUUUCCAACACUCUCGAGGCCAUUACCUCAAAUGGGUUGUCUUCAAUCUCUGUUGCCGCUCCACAGUGCAGUCUCUUCAGCUCGACUCACAUCUUGCCUUGGCAUUGAUUCCAAGGGCUCCAGAUCGUUGUCUCAGGUAUCAAGAUUAUACCCUUUGGUGGCUGAAUCUUUGCAUAUAACUCAUUUUCAUUCCUGGUGGUGUUCGAUUGUGGAGCCACAUAGACGGAAGGGUGAAUUAGGACUCUCAGUGCCGCGAUAAGAGACUAUUGCUCAAGGAGGAAGACAGUUGUUUUGUUACAAUCAUGGCUUCUUAUCAGCUGAUGUCCUUCCAUAAUUUUACGCAACCUCAGUUCUUAAUCAUGUAUGAUAUACACAGGAUGCAACUUGUGUCUUUUUGUUCAAUUUAGUAAGAUAUUCUCCCUCAAUUAGUUUAGAAACAAUUUUUGAGUAAUAAUGUUUGUACUUAUGUUGUACUGCUCAAGCUGGCAUCAUUAAAGCAGUCUUACCAUGAUUGUAUCUUUGUUUAAUAGUUGGUGAAAUGUGAAGUGCAUGUGAGGGGGUGGGAUGGUUGAUGAUAUUUGUGUUUCCAUGUCUCCUAUCCUUUUGAAUGCAAUCUUGUCUCCAUGAUUAUGAAUA